CAUCUUCCUCUUUUGGAUGGGCACUCCCGACUCGGGAAGCUUCGUCCCACUUUCUCGCCUUCGCCGUUCCCCCUCUUCGUUCCACCGCUGCUAGAAGCCCUACACAUUUCCGAUUCCGACGCAUAUAUCGUCGCCAUGAAUUCGAAGCCACAAAUUGGCCGUGUUCACAUGAAGAAUUCCGCUCUUUCGCCCAGAGGUUGUCCUUCAUGAACGAUCAUCCGAGUUAGCGAUCGUGCGCAUAGUGGGAUAGUGUUAAGUUAGGAGGUUUUGAAUUCCUGAAGCCGUUGGAUUUUUCUGCGUAGGGGAGGGGAUAUGUCGAGUGGAGAAGUCAGGAAGGUCUCCCGUCAGGAUAUACAACUGGUUCAGAAUCUUAUUGAAAGGUGCCUGCAGCUGUAUAUGAACCAGAAAGAAGUAGUUGACACUUUGUCUUUCCAGGCAAAGAUAGAGCCUAGUUUCACUGAACUUGUUUGGCAAAAACUUGAGGAGGAGAACCGGGAAUUUUUCAAAGCAUAUCAUAUUAGACUGAUCCUUAAAAACCAAAUACUGCUUUUUAAUAAGCUCCUUGAGAAACAGGUUGAGCUUAUGCAGAAAGCAUGUCCAUCUGGAGUUGCUAUCUUACCAAUUCCAAAUGCCUCCCAUUCUCCUUUGCUUCAAACUCCAUCAUGCUAUAUGUCUCAACAUGCGUCCACAUCUUCACGGCCAGAUGGCAUGUUUUAUAAUGGAGAUUUUUCAAGUGCUCUUGUAAAUGGUAGGUCAUCAGAACAUCAGGGGAACUAUCUUGAAAGUGAUUCAUCAAUUGUUGCUGGAAUUAUGCAUGCUUCGACAAGUGUGUUAUCUGCACAUAACUCCAACAUGGGAAGGAUUUCUGGACUGAGUGAGACAAUAAUAAAGUCAGAGCCUAACUAUUUAAACAAUUCUGAGUUUCCAUUCGUUAGUGAUAACAUCAUCUUGGAAGCACACCGACCAAUUGGAGAUGCUUCAGGUGGAUCCUUUAGUAACUCAGAAUUGACUGGACAACCGGCAAACAGCACUCUCCCGGAUGUUGAUACACCUUCACUUGGAUUUAGUCAGAUUCCCCGAAAUUUCAGCUUUUCAGAUUUAUCAGAUGACUUUACUCACUGUGCUGAUAUACUAGAGAAUUAUGAUAAAUCUCCUUAUCUUCCACCUGAUUCAAUGAACUUUCUGGACUCUCCAGCAACAGAAUUUAAAGAGGACACUAGGAAACUAGACACUAUAUCUGAAGGGGUUAGUUAUGACGGCUUUCGAAGUGACUAACCGAACAUAUAAUGUGUUUUCCUCCAAGGAUUGCACAAUGCUGGAGUCUACAGUCACAAAUUACUAUAUCGUGGCUAUAUCUUCCUGUUCACGCUUGAUUACAUCAUUUUAAAUGACACUACCAAUGUUGUUAGUGGUUGACUGGGCAUCUGUAUAUAUGGGAUUGACAGGCUCCUUAUUCUUCAAAUUUCAGUGGAUCCUUCUCAAGUAGUUUACUUCACGCGUUUUGCACAGUCGCUAAUGUUUUCUGCCAUUGGAACUUUCUGUAAUGAUAUUUGUAGUUGAGCAACAAGUUAAUUUGUUUCAUACACAUCAUGCUAUCGAUGCAUUGUUCUGGUCCAUAAGGGAGGCACUCUGAUGUUGUCUUUGCAUUGCGAAAGACCUGGGUGUUAAUUUCCGUGUGACAACAUAUCGUGUGUCCUGUUUGUUUUAUUUAAAAUGCUCUAUAAAUCUCUGUAACACUGCUGCCACAGGGUAAAAUUGCCAGAAAGAACAAGGCUGGUAGUCUCAGACUGGAAGACACUGGUAUCACUACUGCAUAAAUCUCUGUAACCAGCCCUAUUCGAGUAAUCAUCGCUUCUGACUUAGAUUAUUGUUUCUCAUUCUUACCUACAUUUCUAGUAAAAUUGAAAUUUGGAUGAA